CCCAGGAUGCCCCCUCCUCGUCCCCACAACCUGCACCGGGCGGGUGCCCCUCCCACCCACCACAUCCUGUGAGCUGUCGUCACUGGGAGAGAGCAAGAGAGGGGACGGACGGGUGCAGCCAGCACGUUGGUUGACAACAGCCCUGGUGAGCGGUGGGCGAUGGAACACGAGCUGAGAUUCAAGCGUACUGUGCUGCCUCAUUACCUGAAGAUGCUCACCUCAGCACUGAGCCUGAACCACAUCUCCAGCCGCGGCAGCCAGCAACAACUGUGUCCCAGCGAGGAGACCGCGCUGGGAACGGCGGUGAGGGAAGCUCACUCACACGUCAGUGAGGCUGCAACACAGGCUGGGGCGGUGCUGGAAGACCUGGACAAGGAGGUGGAGGACGCAGCCGAGGAGAAGAGGAGCUGUGAGCAAGAGAUGGGGAACGUGAAGCAGCAGCUUCUGCAGCUGGACAAGCAGAUGGUGAGUGAGGAGAGCAGGAGAGAGGUGGUCAGAGAUGAUGUGGAGAGAUGGCAGCUGGAGAUGCGACAGGCUCAGCACACCCAGGAUACGGAGAAUGCCCGCAGGGACCAGAAGAGGACACUGCGGAACUUGGGCAUCGGGCUGGGCAUCCUGCCCUUUGUCGGAAUCCCUCUGGUUGUGGGAUCCUGUAGAGAAAUGUCUCGUUGUGAGGCAUUGAUUGAGGAGGCAGUGAAGGACAAGGCGGAGGUGAAGGUGAAGCUUGAUCAGGCAUCUCUGGAGCUGGACCUGUGCCGGAAGAAGCUGCAGGAGCUGCAACACCGCAAGCUGGAGGUGGACAACGGGCAGCGGGAGAGGCAGAGGGAGCUGCAGAUGGUGCACCAUGCACUGGAGCAGCUGCUCAGCUCCAGGAGGAAGGUACUCAAUGAGGUGGCCCAUCUCGGCAAUCUCAAAGCCCAGCUGGACGUGCUGACCACCCGCUGUGGGCAGGAUGCAUGCGCCGAGUACGAGCUGAUCCAUGGCCGGCUCAUCUCCCUCCUCUCCCACCUGCACGGACACAGCUUCAGCCUCCAGCUCCUGGCAGAUCCCCGAGUGCUCAGUAAACUCACUCUGCUGGACGGCAAUGGGCCGAGCACUGGAGGCUCAGAGAGUGGUGGGGGGGGGGGGGGGGCCAUGAACCCUGACCCCUGA